GGAGUGGGCCUGCUGAUAGCCCUUCUUAGCGCCCUCGGCUGUAGUGCACAGGCCCCAGGUUUGAGCAUGGCAGAAGGGGACACCCUGAUAUCUGUGGAUUAUGAAAUUUUUGGGAAGGUGCAAGGGGUGUUUUUCCGCAAGUACACACAGGCUGAGGGUAAAAAGCUGGGACUGGUAGGCUGGGUCCAGAACACUGACCGGGGCACAGUGCAAGGACAAUUGCAAGGUCCCACCUCCAAAGUUCGCCAUAUGCAGGAAUGGCUUGAGACAAGAGGAAGUCCCAAAUCGCACAUCGACAGAGCAAACUUCAGCAAUGAGAAAGUCAUCUUAAAAUUGGAUUUUCCAGACUUCCAGAUUUUAAAAUAACAGCCUUAAUUUAAAUGUUCUGAUAUUACUCGGUGAUUUUGUUUUUUAUUGUUAAUAGAGAACUCUUCUGUGUUCAAUAUUAGAAUUUAUCAAUCAGGUAUUGUAGUAUCAGAUAAUUUGAAUGGUACUAUGUAUUAC